AUGUUCAGGAAAAGUGGUGGAAUGAUGAUGCCUUCCUCGAUUGACAACUUCCGAGCUAACGUGACUUGGCGUUAUUCUGCAUCCAUUGAUGGAUGCCACCAUUCUUCCCUUCCAUCAUCGACAUCAGCAAGCGAAAACGACUUACUUCACUCUUUGAAUAUAGUAUCACGCUCGUUAAGUGGAGCCUACCAAGAUAACCCCCUUGCAUUGCAGUGUGAUGCUGCUGCCUUCAUAUACUUCCUCUGUCACUCUUCAUAUGACAUCGAAGCCCACACUUACUUCUAUUUCGCGUUAGAAAAUCAGGUAAUUACAGGAAUAGAUAAUCACGCAAACACCGUUCUUACUGAUGUGAAAUGGGCGCCCAAAAGGACCUCCAGAACCAAUCUAAGAAGACAUGCUUUCAAUUGGCUCCUUUUCGCGGUGAAUUGGGAGAACAGAAGAAUUGAUAUCUUGAAAGCAAGAAUCCAUUCGCAGACAACUCUGUGGCUUUUCGCCGCGCCUACAAAUCUGAGAAAAACUGAACAUAUCCAUAACUCGGAGGGGACUUUUCGAGACGGUAUGUAUUUUAAUCUCUUUCACAUGGGGAAAAAUUACGGGCGGAUGGGCACAGGAUUUUAA